AUGUGGCCUGGACUGCAUGUGCCGACCCUGACCCAGUCCAACGGGGCGCACGAGACCACACCGCCAGGCCCCACUCCAAGCUUUGACAAUUGGAAGGAACCUGGAGCAGAAAAUCUAGAGACUUUGCUGCGGGUCUCUGCUGGUGGCACGCGAGAUUUCAUUCUUCCAGCCAGUUACCUCGAUGAGUUGCCACCAAAUGCACCGAAAAGUGCCAUUCGAGAGAUACUUCAGAAGCACGCCAUUGCCAGCAUACCAGGCUCUGGAUUGAACUAUAUCGAGAGAUGCGGUGGCGUGAAGAAACUGCCGGUUUGCAUGUCUGGAGAAGCUGGCUUAGAAGCUGUGGCCAAGCGUUGCCGUGAAACAGGUCUGAGGCCAGAGUUGCUGGUCUCCAAGGAGGGCUACCAGUUCUGCGACAGCAAAGAAAAGGAGGAUACGUUCGUUCCUGGACAGUCCAUGAGCUUGAUAGAACAAGGCAAAAAGGUGCCUUACUUGAAGCCCAGGACUAGGCUCUCUGCAGAGGAUCGUUCCAAGCUGCGCUUGCCUGGACCUGCCAGGCGAAGCAAAGCAGUGGACUUGGGCUCAUUUGAGCCGCAGGCGGCGAAGGUGAUUUUGAUCGACGACGAAGCGGCCGCGAAGUCACAAAGUGAACAUGCAGUCAGCAACCUCUUGAAGCAGAUUGACUUCAUCGUUGGCGAGUCCUUCGGUUUCUUCAGUGCUGUGGAGGAGACUGAGUCAGAGGUCUCAUCCUUGCGAUCUUCUUUGGAGGUCUUGCACUUGCUUCCCUCUCCGGAACCACCUGAGCUGUCCUUGCUGCACGAAGAAUUGGCCGCGAGUGCUGCAUGUGUUGCGCAAGAAUUUCCCAGCGGCACGGUGCCGCCUGAGCGUCGGGCGUCUGCGUCGGAAGAUACAGGGACGAUCCGGGCAAAGGCUGUACGCAUUCGCGGAAGUCCAGAAUCAGCGUAUCCGUUCAUGAAAGGCGGUGCAGCGGCGGUGCUGCCCGAAAUUGGCCCGGCUGAGAGACAAGAAAUGCUGGACCCCAGUGGCAUUGAAGAGUGA